AUGAGCAAGGAGGAUGUCCUCAAGGUGCAGACAUUGAUGCUGAGAGUGAACAUACACUGUGAUGGGUGCGAGAAGAAGGUCAAGAAGACCCUCCACAAGAUCGACGGUGUCUACCAAAGCAGCAUCGACGCGGAGCAGGGGAAGGUGACGGUGUCCGGCUUGCUGGAUCUGGACACCAUCAUCAGGAAGCUCAACAAGGCCGGCAAGCCGGCGCAGCUGUGGGGCUCCAAGACGGGCGUGCCUCAGAACGCCCACCAUGGCGGCGGCGGUGGCGGCGGCAAGGGCCAUUCCAAGGACGCCGGCAGCGGCAAAGCCCAGAAGGGCGGAGCGGGAGGUGGCAAUCACAAGGGUGGUGGUGGUGGCGGUGGCGGCGGCGCAGGCAAGAAUGCGAAGAUGGUGCUGCCGCAGCCGACGCCACAGCAGUUCCAGCAGCUGCAGCAGCAGUUGCAGAUGAAGGGGCUGAAACUUCCGCCGCAGCUCUUGGGCGGCAAUAUCCCGGCGUUCACCCCAGCUGCGCCGUUGAAGGAUCCCAAGUCCGUCAAGUUCACCCUCCCCGAGGAUAACUUCGACGACGACGGCAGCGAAUUCGACGAUGAGUUCGACGACUUCGAUGACGACGAGGACUACGACGACCCCAAGAUGAUGAUGAAGCCCAUGGCCGCCGGCGGGGGGGACAAGAAGGGCGGCAACGGUGGCGGCAAGAAGGGUGGCGGCGGGAACGAGAUCCCAACACAGAGCAAGGGAAAUGGCCAGGGCCACAACGGCGGUGGAAAAAACGGGGGUGCGAAGGGAGGCGCCCCGGGCGGCGGUAAUCAACCGGCCCAGGGGAAGAAGGGCGGCGGCGCUACUGCCGGUGUUGGUGGGCCCAUGUCCGGCAUGCUGCCUCAGCAGGGCAUGGUGAGGCCUAACAUGAUCGGUGGUGCCGGGUUCCCCGGUACAGGGCAGAUGGGCGGCGCACCCAUGAGUAUGCUGCCGAUAGGCCAUCCGACCAUGGGUAUGAUGCAUCAGGGCGGCGGUGGCAGCGGUGCCGGUGGUGCCGUACAGGGCAUGCCAGCGCCAGGGUUCUACCAGGGAGGCGGUGGCAUGCCGUCGGGCGGCCAGAUGCUGCAGGCUGCUGCUGCGGCCGGGAACCCCAUGGCGAAUAUGGCCUUGAUGCAGCAGCAGCAGCAGAUGAUGAUGAUGAAUGGCCAUGGCCACCACCACGGCCAUGGCAGUGCAGGGUACCCGUCAAUGGGCUACGGCUAUGGCCGCCCACCGAUGCAUUACCCAAUGGGGUACCCAAUGCCGCCCCAUUCGCAUUCCGGGGAUUACAACAUCUUCAGUGACGAGAACCCCAACAGCUGCUCUGUGAUGUGA